GGAGUCCCUCUCAUCCUCAUUCUUCCUCGUUUCCCAAUAUUUCUCUCCCAAAAUUCCUCACAUAUAUUCAUUCAUCCCUCCCCACGAAGAUUUAAGGGCAUUCACAAGUUAAACAGAGGAAGAGAUUUCGGAAACAGGAUCGUACGUUUUAGAGAAGGAAAAAAAGAAGAAGAAGAAGAGAAGCCCAGAACAAGAAUUUGACUUAUGCGUUGCUGUUCUUGAUUUUUUUCAUCUCAAAUACAUCAUCAUCUAUCGCCAUGGCUGUGGAAGCUCGGCAUCUGUGUCUUUUCCCUCCUCCUCAGAUUCUUUUCCCAACCAAUAGCAGGUUUGUAUUUGAUUGAAUCAGCUGUCCUGUUCUUGUGUGGUUUCUGUUAGACAAAAAAGGGGCCGGGGAAAUUUUCCAGUGAAUGAAUGAUGAUGAAGAAAUUUGGAUAUUGCAGGAUGACAACAGUAGUAGACGGCAUGAUGGAUGGGAAUAACGGAGGUGGAAAUAUUACUCUGUACGGCGUCGGCGGAGGAGCGAGGCCUUUGGGUUACGGCGGCCCGUUAUCAGGCACCACGACUACGACGGCGGACAAUAACAAUAAUAAUACCGCCUCAUUGAUUCCUAAUCUUCAUCUUCCUCCGUCCAUGUACGGCGGCUCUGCCCCGACCUCCACCACUAUGGUGGCGGCGGAUUCAAUGCCCGUAAAAGCGCCACUGAUGCCUAUGAAUUCUGAACGUGAUAGCGGCCUCACCUACUCCGCUGUUCCGAGAAAGCGGCCACGGUACGACGACAACCCCACCGCCGCCGCCGCCGAUCAACAGUUGCUGUCUUCUACAUUUCAAUUUCCUCCGCCAAGCCACCACCACCACCGUGAUACCAGCGGCGGUUCCUUCACUUUCCUUGGGCAAGACAUGUCGUUCGAGAUUCAACAACAGCAGUUCGAAAUCGAUCGCUUCAUCGCCCAUCAGACUGUCAAGGUGAAAAUGGAGAUGGAAGAGAGGAGGAAGAGCUACUCGAGGAGGAUCUUAACGGCGGUGGAGGAAACCGUCCGGAAAAAGCUCCGAGCUAAGGAGGAGGAAAUCGAGAGAAUCGGGCGGUUGAAUUGGGCCCUGGAAGAGAAAGUGAAGUCAUUGUGCGUGGAGAAUCAGAUUUGGAGGGAAUUAGCCCAAUCCAACGAGGCAACCGCCAAUGCCUUAAGAACCAAUCUCGAACAAGUUCUCCUCGCCGCCGCAGCAUCCCAGGCCCAACCACCACAGCAGCAAGAAGAACAAGACGUUCAUCGAAUCGACAAUAAUGACUUGUGCGACGAUGCCCAAUCGUGCUGCGGCAGCAACCAGAACAACAUUGAUGAUAAUCCAAAUCCAGAGUCGUAUCCGAUUGAGGACGGAAAUGACGUGAAUGGCCCCGCUGGUAAUUCGGCUAUUCCAUUAUCCAAUGAAAUCGAAACGGUGAGGAUGAAGACGGGCGGCGGAGGGAGGAGGUGCCGGAAUUGUGGGAAGGAGGAGGCGAGCGUGUUGGUGUUGCCGUGCAGGCAUCUGUGUUUGUGCGGUGGCUGCGGGCCGUCCCUGCAAACUUGUCCCAUUUGUCUCUGCACCAAGAACGGUACCCUUCAUAUUAAUUUGUCAUCAUAAUUACUACCCGACCCGACCCGGAAAUGGAUUGCGAAUCUGAAGAAUUCCAUUCAUUCAUGUUGCAUUUCAUCUCGACGGUCUGAAAACUGAAAAGAGAAGAAAGUGAAUAGAUAGAAAUUGGGAAAUGAAUAUGAAAUUCCCGAAAUCCCAUCAUAGGAGGUUUAGAUAGGAAGGAUAGAUUAGUUAUUAGAUAGGGAUAGAUGAGGAAGAAAUUGAAAUUAAACAACCCAUUGGGAAAAUAUUAGCAAACUUAAAUGUUUGGGAUAUUCAAUUAUUUUGUUUUUUUUUAAAGCAUAUGUUGUUACAUUUUCUCUUGUUAAUUGAAGGGCAUUUCAAGAUAGCUAGGUUAGAUGUCAUACGUUAAACUUAAAAAGUGUGGAGAAUAGAUUGUUAACUCUUAUACUCCCACCGUCAUGGGUUAUCUAAAUCGGAU